AUGAAUCUGUUACACUCGACCUCGUUUGAUGCCAAGGGCGAGAUAACGUGCUUGGGCCUCUUCAAGAAAUCCCUGGAGACCUACAUUGUGGCAGGAUCUGUCAAAGACAGCGUGCCGUGCAUGACGAUAUAUUCGCUUGAGGGUCGCGAAAUCAGCAGCAAGGUCCCCCGACCCAAUAUUGUGACCGACUUUUCGACAAGGACCACCAAAUUCCACACCAAAAGCCCAAUUUGGGCCACUGACUCUAACGAGCAAUCAAUGCCAUCACCGCCGAUCCAUUCGGCCUUUUGCCUCGAAGACAGCCUUGCUGGUUACAACCGUCACAUGUCUUUGAUGUUACUAGCUGGGACACGUAUUCUUCUUGUGGAUAUAUGGCCUCAUGUUGGCCCAGUCCCUCGCAGUAUCCCGCUUGAUGGGACACCAAUGCGUCUUAUCUACUCCAAGCAAUGGAAGGCUUUGGUGGUCGCGCAUUUGAAAGACAAUCGACCAACACUGUCUUUCAUUGACCCUGAUACGGGGGAAAACAUUUCAGCAGCGGCCAACAAGGACAAGCAACCGUCCGAUUACAUCUCUGGUCUUGGGCACCCAGGAGACAGAAUAUUUGGCUUAUAUGAGUGGUUCUAUGUUAAAGACGGAAAGACAUUUCCGUUCAUUAUUGUGACCACUCAACAAGGUCGGCUUAUGAUAGUCUCGGUCAAGGCAGAGAAAGUCGAGAGUCCUAAUGGGCCGACAAGACAAUUGCAAUACUGGACACGAUACAAGAAGAAAGGCUUUACAGAACCGAUUUACACGGUCGUCGGAGAUGCCGUGGGCCUCCUGUUCUGUGUUGGAAAGGUUCUCCACUGGGAAGUCCUCGACCUCUCAGAAAAGAGACUCAAACCGAUGAAGGAGAUCAAGUUGGAUUCUCCAGCUACGUCACUCCGUGUUGAAGGUCACACAGUCUGCGCAUUGACCGCGCAGCACUCUUUACAAGUCAUUGACCUUGAACUGGGAUCAGAAGAGACACAGGCGUCCAUUAUACAUAGCGACCGUAUAACACGGUACACAGGGCAUGUGAUGGAAAUGGGAGAUUCUGAAGAACAGCCGGGCAAGUGGCCCAAUUUGGCAUAUCACAACACAGACGUGUGCCCCUUUGCGCACGGAAGCCAGUCUAUGAUAGACGACGACGACAUGGAACUCGAUCUGGAUUUGGAACUGGAACCUCAAUCUUAUCCCAACAUGAUGCAUAUUGAUGGCGAUCUGCUCAAACGCUGUUUCGAUUUGAACGCAUUAAAAAGCCUCGUGUCCAUUGGCGAUGGUAUCGAUUUGUUUUGCGAAUACUUGGACGGAAUCGAAGACGGCAUACAUACAGAAGGAUUUCGGGAUAAGGGCGUUGACGGACAGGAGAAGUAUAUUGAGCUGGGCUACAAGAUACUGGACCAGUGCACCCACUCGCUCCCACUGCCACCCUCCAACCUGACCACCCAGGCGCUCUUCUGCUUGUCCCACGAGCCAAACGCCGAGAUGCCGCCCAAGAAGAAGGGAAACAAGAAGAACCAGCAGGACGACUGGGAGGCCGAGCUGGGCGAGACUAUUGCCCCGCCCGCUGCUGCCAACGGUGCCGAUGGUGACGCCAACGACGAGGAUGAUGAGGGCGGCGCUGGUGGUCUGAUGGCCACCCUGCGCAAGAACAAAGAGAAGCGCAAGAAGAAGGGCAUCGUCGAACCCGAGCCCGCCCCCGAGGAGCCUGCUGUCGAAGAACCUCCCGCCCAAGCCCCUGUCGAGGCCAACAUCGACGAUGAGUUCGCUCUGCCCGAGAAGAAGGGCAAGGGCGGCAAGCAGAACAAGCAGCCUGCUAAGAAGGCUGAGCCCGCCGCCGCCGAUGAUGCUGAAGGUGGUCGAAUCUUGACCAAGGCCGAGAAGGAGAAGCUCAAGAAGGAGCGUGAGAAGCAGCGAAAGAAGGAGCAGGCCGCGGCCAAGAAGAAGGGUGGUGCUGCCCCCAAGGACGAGCCCGCCAAGCCUGCCGUCGCCGAGAAGAAGGAGGAGGCUGCCCCUGUCGCGGCUACCCCUGAGCCCGAAGCUGCUGGAGGCAAGAAGAAGAAGCUUCCAGCCCAUCUUGCCAAGCUUCAGAAGCAACAAGAGGAACUCAAGCGUCAACGAGAGGAAGCCGAGAAGGCUUCAGCUGAGGCCAAGGCCCAGGCCGAAGAGGAGGAUCGUCUUGCUGCCGAGGAAGAAAAGAAGCGUGAGGAGGCCAGGGCCUUGAAGAAGCAGAAGGAGAAGGAGCGUAUUGAGCAGCUCAAGAAGGAGGGCAAAUACCUGACCAAGGCUCAAAAGGAGGAAAAGGCCCGAAAUGAGCUGAAGCUUCAGCAGAUGUUGGCUGCUGGUAUCCAAGUUGGCCCCGCUGAAGGUGGCGAGAAGAAGAGUAAGCCCGCAGACACAAGAAGAAAGAAGGGUCGUGGCCAACAAAAGAUUGAUGAGGAGAAGGCCCUCGCAGAAGCUGCCGAGCGAGCACAAAAGGAAGCUGAAAAGGCCCUGAAAGAAGCCGAAGAGAAGGCUGCCCGCGAGAAGGCCGAGGCCGAAGCCAAGGCUGCCGCUGAGAAGAAGGCUGAGGAGAGUGACAUUGAGGAUGACUGGGAAGCCGCAGCUGCAUCUGACGGCGAUGUUAAAGACAGCUGGGAUGCCGACUCUGACGAAGAUGAUGCCGGAAAGGAGAAGGAGAACGGAAAGACAGAAGACUCUGCCGAGGACGAGUCCGAGGAAGAAUCCUCUGACGACGAAGCUGUUACAGCCGCCAAGGCCGCAGAGGCACAGCGAAAGAGAGAGGCUGCCGAGCGCCGCGAAAAGGCUCACCAGGCCGCCCUGGCUGCUCGAUCCAAGGACAACCUGCGAUCACCCAUUUGCUGUAUUCUCGGUCAUGUCGAUACCGGAAAGACCAAGCUCCUUGACAAGAUCCGACAGACCAACGUCCAGGAGGGCGAAGCCGGUGGUAUCACUCAGCAGAUUGGUGCUACAUACUUCCCAUCCGAAGCCAUUAAGCAGAAAACAGCUGUUGUCAACCAAGACGGCAAGUUCGAGCUCAAGGUUCCCGGUCUUCUUGUCAUCGAUACCCCUGGUCACGAGUCUUUCUCUAACCUCCGAUCUCGUGGUUCAUCGCUUUGUAACAUUGCCAUUCUGGUCGUCGAUAUCAUGCACGGUCUUGAGCCCCAGACCCUCGAGUCCAUGCGCAUGUUGAGAGACCGCAAGACCCCUUUCAUUGUCGCCCUCAACAAGAUCGAUCGUCUUUACGGCUGGAAGCAAGUUGCCAACAACGGUUUCCAGGACAGUUUGGCCCUCCAGAGCAAGGCUGUCCGUAACGAGUUUGAGACUCGUCUUGAAAAGACAAAGGUUGCCUUCGCUGAGCAGGGUUUCAACUCUGAGCUUUUCUACGAGAACAAGUCUAUGUCCAAGUACGUCUCGCUUGUGCCCACUUCAGCUCACACUGGCGAGGGUGUUCCCGACAUGUUGAAGCUCAUUUGCGAGCUCACCCAAGAGCGUAUGGUCGGUUCUCUCAUGUACCUUUCUGAGGUUCAAGCUACCGUCCUUGAAGUCAAGGCCAUUGAAGGUUUCGGUAUGACCAUCGAUGUCGUCCUCUCCAACGGUAUUUUGCGAGAGGGUGAUCGUAUUGUGCUGUGUGGUACAGAAGGAGCCAUUAAGACAAAUAUCAGAGCACUUCUCACACCAGCGCCCAUGAAGGAGCUGCGUCUCAAGUCAGCAUACGUCCACAACAAGGAGGUCAAGGCCGCUCUGGGUGUCAAGAUCAGUGCCCCUGGCCUUGAGGGUGCUAUUGCUGGUUCCCGCCUGAUGGUUGUUGGCCCUGAUGACGAUGAAGAUGACAUUGAGGAUGAGGUCGAGGCCGAUCUUGCUGUUCUCUUCAACCGUGUCGAGAAGUCCGGUCGCGGUGUCAGUGUCCAGGCCUCGACUCUGGGUUCCCUUGAGGCUCUGCUUGAUUUCCUCAAGGACUGCAAGAUUCCUGUUGCCAACGUCGGUAUCGGUCCUGUCUACAAGCGUGAUGUCAUGCAAUGUGGUGUCAUGCUGGAGAAGGCGCCAGACUAUGCCAUCAUGCUGUGUUUCGAUGUCAAGGUCGACAAGGAAGCUCAGCAGUACGCCGAGGACCAGGGUAUCAAGAUCUUCACAGCCGAUAUUAUUUACCAUCUGUUUGAUUCCUUCACCAAGCACAUGGAUGCGCAGCUCGAGAAGAAGAAGGAGGAAUCUAAGAUGCUUGCUGUCUUCCCUUGUGUCCUCAAGCCUGUCAAGGUUUUCAACAAGAACGAUCCUAUCGUCAUUGGUGUGGAUGUCACCGAGGGUCAGCUCCGAAUCAACUGCCCUGUCGCUGCCGUCAGAAACAACCCCACAACUGGUGUCAAGGAAGUUGUCAAGCUGGGUAGAGUUACUUCUAUAGAGCGAGAGCACAAGCAGAUCCCUGUGUGCAAGCGCAAGGAGCCUUCAGUCGCUAUCAAGAUCGAGAUGGGUAGCAACCAGCCCAUGUACGGUCGUCACCUCGAGGAAGAGGAGACUCUGUACAGUUUAAUCUCAAGAGCCAGUAUCGAUACCCUCAAGGAGUUCUACCGAAAGGAAGUCACCAACGAGGAGUGGCAGCUAAUCAUCAAGCUCAAGCCCUUGUUCGACAUCUAAUAAGCGACCAGACUUACCAAAAGAGCUAAAAGCCUGGUGGUUUGUAAAGGUUCUCGCCAUUGUCGGCGCCGGGAGCUCGGACUUUCUCUGUACUUAUAGCUAUAUCUACACACAGUCAAACAACGUGGAGGCAGGGAGAGCCAGCUCCCUGCGCGGGGAGAACAGUACGAGUCCUACAUUGCAUUUUGAGGCGAAGAGACCGGAAAAGAAAUUGCAUCCAUCUUGUUUGAAAGUAAUAGUGUAUGGUAGUGUCGUUCGCAUUUCCAGGGCAACAAAAAACGGCGGAGGGCUCGUGAGGUCAAAGGGAAAAAGAAUUCCUUAGCCGGCGUGGCCAUAUAGAAGGUUGCUUGAUAUCCAAA